AUGAUGGGCAAGCAUACUGACAAUGGUCAGGUCAAAUGCACUGGGGGUCCUGAACCAUGUGAGAACUGUCGUCGACUAAGACUUGACUGUACAUUCAACUACUCGGAAAUCUACCUGUCACCAGAAGUCCCGAAUCCACAAGGACUUUCAGCCCCGACAGACGCGCUGACGGAAGCCGGGACCAAACGUCGGCGCAUCGCGGCCGCAUGUACGGAGUGCCGUGUUCAAAAGGCGAAGUGCUCCGGUCAUCGCCCGCAAUGCUUCCAUUGCAAUCGGAGGAACCUAUCAUGUGUAUAUCCAUCAUCGGCAUCAAGGCGUAAGAGCAGACAUGUCAGCGGACAACAGCAACAGUCUGCUUCUCCAGAAUCAAGCAGCACUCUCAGCCAGAGCGCCUCCUAUGAGGCAGAGUCUACACUGAACCAACGGUACGGCGUCGGCAGGGUAUCUCUGAAUACUGCCCUAGAUCACGCUCUCCUCAGUACAGACGUGAUCCGUCAGCAUCUCGAGGCGUACUUUGACCACGUCUAUCCAAUAGGCCAUGAUUUCUUUCACCGGCCAUCCGUAAUGGAAGAAUUUUAUGCCGGAAAGCUACCGCCCAUCCUUUGCACAUCGAUAUGCGCGACUGCAGCAAUGUUCGUCUCCCGCUCGCGCGAGUCGCGAGUCCUAUCCGUCCAGUGGGCUAAAGAAGUAGACGCCUACAUUUUCGGCAACCUCAAUGUCUUCAAGGUGCUCAACAUCCAGCUUCUAAUCCUCUCCAUGUUUCAAAACUUCGCCUACAGGCAGUUCGGCAAGAUGUGGCUGCUCAUCAGCAUGGCCGCGAGGUUAGCAGUCUCAUUCCAACUCAACGACGAGAGACCAGCCGCUGAGAAUGAUACCACCGCCGCGCUCAUCAAGCGUGAGUGUGAGCGGCGACUGGUGUGGCAUGUGUGGAGUAUGGAUAAGAUGCUCUCGGCGGGUCUGGAUGAGUUCACCUCGUUGCCAGAUCGGUGGAUGAGGACUUCGUUACCGAACUCGGAGCAUGCUUUCUGUCAUGGGCUGAUGAAGCCAACGGGCAGGCUAAGUGACGGUGUGGAGGCACUCGCAUCUCAUGAAGCUGGGCCUAAUGCCUACUUGAUCAUGCUAUUGCCGCUUCGCUGUGAGAUACUGCGGUUAACAAAGAGAAUCGUCAUAGAUAGUCACUCAGACCACUCUCCAGCAGCGGUCUCCAAAGCAGUCACAACCAUGAAAGACCUACGUGACCGUUUACGAUUCUUCCUCAAAAAUACACCAAAACACCUACAACUGAGUGAGCUCAACAUGUUCUCCCAUUCAACCACAUCAGAGUUCUCAUCUUACCUCACUCUCAACUCGUGGUACCUCCAGUGCGCCUGCGACCUCUUCCGCGUCGCACUCCCAGCCGCGUACAGAGAGAGCGCAUCGCCGAAAUUCCUCGCGAGCGCCCCGCCAGACUUUGUAUCGGAGUGGCGCGCACUUGCGGUAUCCCACGCUCUACGUCAAGCGAGACUGUGGGAGCAUCUCCAGAACCUUCGAGCCAAGGGUGCCCUGCAGUCAAAGCAGACGCGUAUCCCCCUCCGUCUGGGGUACGGUAGCAUGGUCCACCAGUGUACCAAAACUCUCCUCACGGCGCGACGGUGCAAGCUGUAUGAUGGCCUUAUCGACCCGAUCACCGGCGAGACGGCGGAGCUCAAUGACGAGGCAGUGGAGGCUCUGUGCCAGAGCAACAUCACCUUGCUGGACGACAUGGCCAAGAUCGUGCCCAUCAUCGCGGUACUACAGCAAGACGUCGAAAAGAUGGUCGAAGCCGAUAAAAACAGAAGACAAAACGACGCAGAGGCACAGGAGCUCGCGCCAGUCAGCAGCGAAGUCCAGCGGAACAACUUGCUGAGCAGAUAUCAUCCGUUAUCUCAGAGCUUCGACAGCAACGCCAAGACUGCGGACGAAGUCGCGCUACAGCACUCCGACCCUCCUCAAACGCCUUCGAUCCUCCAGACUUCAGAAACGACGGACAUGCCAAUGACGGACUCUGUCGACAUCUACCCGGCCUCUCUAGCCAGUGCGGCUGGUCUCAAUGACAUUGGCUCCAAUCUGGAUGGGCCGCUUACAUGGUCCGGUUUUGCAGAAAACCAGCUGGCACCAGAUUACUUUGUAGCCCCUUCGCAGUUCGACAUGAGUGGUGAGCUGAGUUGGUUUUUGUCGGGAUACAUGGAUCCGGAUCCCGCCAACGUCUGA